UUACGUCCUUGUUUUUGUAUUUUUUUACUCAAAAGUCAGGGGGAUAUUACUUUAGGUAAUAGCAGGAAAUACUGAUACACAGUCGGCAGUACUUCGAGCACUGGAUGGUGGAAUUGUAGCACGUAAUAUUCGUGUCAUUCCCGUUUCGGAGUUAACGAGAACUGUCUGCAUGCGCGUCGAACUUUACGGAUGUUCGUAUAAAGAUCAGCUUGUUUCCUAUGCAAUACCGCAAGGAGACUCGUUGGACGGCCUUGAUCUUCAAGACAGCUCAUACGACGGAUAUUUCAAUUCAUCUCGGUAUUUGGUAAAUGGCCUUGGCAAACUGUAUGACGGUGUAACCGGUGAAGAUAAUUUCGAAAAGCAUCCGGAGCAGUGGAUAGGCUGGAGAAGCGAACGGCAUGGGACAACAAUUACAGUCGAAAUGCUGUUCGCCAAAAAGAAAGUGAUCAACGCUAUUUCAUUUCAUGUAUCAAAUUCUUUGAAAAGUGGCGCUCAGGUAUUUGAAGAAGCACAUGUGUCGUUCUCUUCACAAGGUGGCGGGUCUUAUUCACCUCGAACGCUGCAUUUCAAUUAUAUUCCGGACCGAAAUUUUCAGACAGCCAGAUGGGUGCGAAUUCCAGUGCCAAGCCGAGUUGCCAAAGAAAUACGGGUUGAACUGAAUUUGCCUACUGACGCUGACUGGCUGCUUCUCAGUGAGAUUAAAUUUGAAUUUGCAAACGAACCUCUUGGUCCGGAAGACAGCGAUGAGGAAGAGCUAGAUUUCAGCCACAUUCAAAACGGCGACACUCUAACGUAUUUCGCUAUCAACGAUACAUCCGAAGAUGGCAUUCGCUGGAUCUCCAUUGCUGUGGUUGGAUCAUUAAUUAUUUUGUUUGGUGCACUAAUGCUUCUGCUCCUACUGUUGUGGGUAUACCGACGAACUUUUUCACGAAAAACGCGUUUCAUUAUGAUGAAGAAAAAGCCAAAGGAGGUACAACUAAGCGUCGAAGGGCCCACCAUCAAGGCUUGUUCUUUUAUUCGAUGCAUUCCUGGAAAGCCAAAACGUAUUAUGACGACAUCAUGUGUAUUUGCAUGCACUCGUAAAUUCAUAUGA